AUGUCAAAGAAUAAUAAUUUAAGCGAUCCUCCUGCGUACAGCCAUGUCAAUGUUUACAAUGUUGAUCUCGAGAAGGGACUUCCUUUGUACACACAACAGGACACAAAUAAAUCACCCAAUUCAGAUGAAAGGAAACGUGAAGCUUCACAAUUCCUAAAUCGGGAAUUUCCCGACAAUGUAGUUGUUAAGGAGAAAUCGCAACGAUUGUUAUCUACAAUUAUUCCCUCUUUGGUGUGUGUCUGUGCGAUAUCUUACUACUUCCGAACAUAUACUUUUCUAGUCGAUGGCUUUAAAGAUUGGGGCAAUUGGCCCUUGGGUCCUCUGAUUAUUCAUGUUGUGAUAUUCAUAGUCUUCAUUCAAUUAUUCUCGGGACUGUUAGAAGAUUACUUUAUGUGGUCAUCUUGA